AUGAAGGAGUACAUGCCCGCUCUGGCACUGGUGGUCUUGCAGAUGGCCGUUCCAAUAGUGUGCAGUCAGUUUGCGCAACGGUAUGAGAGGUACAAGAUCCAGUCUCAAAUCGCGUGCAUCACACUGAAGCGCAAUUUCAGAUUCCAAUUGGCCACGUUGUGGGUCACCGUUGUUUGUGCUCGCAUGGCUAGCACUAUUCAAGAACAGCUUAACACUGUAGUGGAGCACCCCGUCCAGAUCUUCGAGAUCUUGCGAAUUGCUGUGCCAGAAGUGUCGGUCUUUUUUCUGAACUACAUCAUGGCUCAGAUGGCUGUGACCACCCCACUACUGUUGUGGCAACCGCUGUGGACCUCCCCGCCCAAGCCGCAGCUACUAGACGCAAUCACCGAGUCCAUUCAUGGCAAGAAAUCUGCCCCAGGGGACGGAGCCACUCGCCAGAACGACCAACACAAAGCAAGAGGUGAGGAACCACCUGAGCAGAAAAGUGACACCAAAGGAGAUCUUGAGAAAGCGUGUCCGCAGGCUGCCGAAAUUUCUAAGCACCCACGCGUAUGCCCUGACUUGCCACUUGAGUGUACGAAGCUGGGCAUCCUGCUCGUAUUGUCUCUACUGUAUUCUGUAAUUGCUCCAGCCCUGAUGCCUGCUUGCAUGCUCUUCUUUGCGGUCGCUUUCCUGAUAUACACUUGGUUAUGCCUUUCAGUGUGGAGUAUGGACUUUGAUUGCCAAGGCAAUUGCUGGUUCGAAAUCUUCCACACAACGAUGAUGGGUCUUGUCUUGGGGACAGUGUCGUUUACCGCUUUGGCGUUUGGCGCUGGUGAGCACGGGGAAUUUUCAGCCUUGAUCGUGCUCUGCGUUCUGGAAGUAUUUGCUUGGUAUGGAAUCAGGAAGCACUUCGCCUUGCCUGCGCACUUCAUGUCUUUGGAGGACGCUAGCGCGCUGGACGAAAAGUGCGGCGACGCCACCCACAUGCUGGACAAGCAGUAUUACAUGAACCCGAUGCUCAAGCGCAGCGAAGACGUGGUGGUCCAAGGGGAAGUCAAAGUGGUUCAGCAUGAGGAGGAGGAGCAUGCAGAGCAGCUGCGGGCCAGCGAACCUCUGGCAGCCUCACGCGCGGUUGCUGGGGACGGCCCGGAAGCUGCGCGAGGUUCUUCGACCGGCGCAGCUUGCAGUGAGGCCGUUGUGCCCGCAACCGGCGUGCUGCCCACAGGAACAGGCCCACGCCCAGCAGCCAGCUCGCUCCGCCGGCGGCCCAGCCCGCCACCGCGCUGCUCGCCGCCUCCGCGUGCGCGGCCGGCCUGCUCCGGCCCUGGACGGACGGCAGAGCGGUUGCGAGGUUCCACUAGGUCGUGUGUUUCGAGAUCUGGGCCUCCUAGAUUCGGGAAGAUGCCACGCCGACGGGCUCCCUGCAGCGGCGCGUCGUCGACGCUGCUCUUGCUCCCCGUUGCGCUGGGGCUCCAGCGGCACGCGACGCCGGCCCGCGCCGAGGCGUCCCCGUGCGAGCGCCCCGCCGCCCGGCUGCGCACCGCUGGCGACGCCGCCUCGCGGCGGCCUCGCGGGUGCUCCCUCCGCUGCGGCCGGGCGGCCGCAAGGCUCCUGCGAGAGGUCGCC